UUUUUAUCUACUGUAGUCAUUUGUUGCCCUGCCUUACAUAGGUAUAACUAAUCAGACAGACUCUAGAUUGACUUUGUUGGACAUUUCCACCAUUAUAUUCACAUUUCAUAUCAAAUGAGUUUGAAUACCUGAAGUACGUAUUAUAGCCAUAACAUGCCAUGCACUUGGAAUUCAUUUAUUGCAGAGGCCUUUGGACAUGUAUGGCUGAAAAAAAAAAAAAAUGCCCUACAGCUAGUGUCCCAGGUUAUCAUCGUGUAACUCUAUAUGAGGGAAGUGAUCUUUGAAGAUUAUAUUUAGGCUAACUUCUGAUAGCCUACCUCUUUUAUACAUUCUCUUUUAUAUCUGUCAUUUUAAAAAAAAUAAACAAAGACUUAUUUCUUCAUUUGAUAUUUCUGUUCUAUCUACAAUCUUUAAUAUUUCUCGUAUUAUGAUUUUGGUGAGGUAACUGACCUGCCUGCUGUGGCAUGAGUUGUAGCGCGCUGUCGUAUUAUUUUCUCUCACCUAGACUACGUUAUUUCGUCCUGUGGAUAGGUCUGGCUACUUUUUUGGCAACCCAAAGCAGGUAACAGACCUAACAGCCGUCUCUUUGGCUGAACAUUUUCAGAAGGGCAGGUGCUGACAGCACGAAGUGAGAGGUGUUCCUCUUUCAAAUCGGUGUUACUUCCUGGUGUCACAGAGAGAGGCAGUGUUGAGUUUAACAGACAGAAUUGCUAACAGCAUUUUAGAGAGAAAAAUACUGAGAGAGAAGCAGGAGCGAGCGUUGGCUGGGUUCCAGAAACAGCCGAUUUGUUCUUAUUUAUGUUGUUAGCCAAAUGUAUAUUUUUAUUCUAUUUAUAAUGCUUAUAUUUAUUGGAUUCGAGUGAACCGUUUGGCUUCGGUUUGUUAAAGGAUUAUAGCGAAACCCUUUUUUCACAGCGACGGAAAAGUGGCGCACGGAUUUUUCGCCCCAUUUGUUCGCCUUUUUAUAUAGAAAGUAGGAAUUACUGUUACUGUUUUAUACGCCGGGUGCGAGCAGAGGCCAACGGAAGAUGGGGUGUUUGGGCAACAGCAAGACUGAAGACCAACGCAUCGACGAAAAGGCUCAGCGAGAAGCGAAUAAAAAAAUCGAGAAACAGUUGCAAAAAGAAAGACAAGCCUAUAAAGCCACGCAUCGGCUACUUUUAUUAGGAGCUGGAGAGUCCGGAAAGAGCACGAUUGUCAAGCAGAUGCGGAUCCUUCACGUCAAUGGCUUUAAUGCAGAAGAAAAGAAACAAAAAAUCUUGGAUAUUCGAAAAAAUGUGAAAGAUGCCAUAGUGACGAUAGUUUCAGCGAUGAGCACGUUAAUUCCUCCGGUUCCACUUGGCAAUGCAGCCAACCAGCCCCGGAUCGACUACAUCAAAAGCAUAGCGCCUCUCUCGGACUUCGACUAUACGGAGGUAAGGAUUGGCAUGGCUGAGCCAGCUGGCCAUUUGUUGUGGAAAAUAUUGUUUUAUUCUGGGCCACGCCACCCAGCAGUGUCCAUGUUUGAGAUGGGAGAAUGUGAUCCGGGUAAUGACUUUAAUGUGGCCUGCUCACAUUGCUUUUGCUGAUGGUAGAUGUUGAGGUUUCGUGAUGCAGAGGUGGUCUAUCAGGGCCUUCGGGGUGUUCUCUGAAUACCCUACUAGAUUGGAUACAUCGAUGGAUGCCUCAAAUUAAGAAAAUCAACUUUAUUACUUCUUAUUUUAUAGUUCUAAUUCUAUUUUUAACAUCUUACAUAAACUGUUUGAAUAAACUGUGGUGGCUAACAGUGACACCUGAUGGUUGAUGAUAACAUAGCAGUGUCUCAUUGGUCUCACUCAGCACAGGGGUUUCUAUAAAGGGCGAGGUACACUUCUGUGGCCACAGCUUUGUCCAAUAUGGAGACAGACGGUCCCAAGUAUACUCGUUUUUGUGCUGUUGCGGAUACGCGGAUACGGAAAAGCUGAACUUAUUGUACUGAGCGCAUGCAAACUACUGCACGCUCAGUUUCACACAUGCGCAGUCAAUGGAGAUGGAUUAGAGACGGCAAUGGGAACUGAUUUUGUUAGUGGUUUAAGUUUAUCGAUUACUCAGAGAAAUUUGAUUGGGAAGCUUGAAAUUGUUAAAUGAGAGAGUUGAACAAGUUUUCAACAUUCAACUCCGUGAAGGGGUCAUGAAAUAGCAUUGGCUACUGCAAUUUGAGCUGUCUCACCAAAGCUGCCAACGAACAUAAGUGUUCAGAAAGGCACAUUAUUGCUUUCAUUCAUUUACAAACCUUUUAUAGCAGUGUGGACUUUCAGACACUGGCUAUAUAUACUACAAGUACACAAUCCAUUGGGUCUUGUGAUGCAGCCAAGUACAGUUACAACUUAGUUUGAUCAUAUUUUAAAUGCAUUUUGUUGCGACUAUGCGGCCAUCACAUCAGUGAAUGAGCACAGAGCUUUAAUAUAGCUCUGCUACUUAGCUAAAUGCUAGUAGCUUACUUGCUACCACUUCCUGGGGUGUCAUAUUAGCCAAAUAUAAUCCAUGGUUCUUUCUAUUUUUUUUUUUUUUUUUUAGGUUUUAUAUCUAUUUACCACAGAUGAAUUCCAGUUCAUACUACCUUGUGGCAUGCAUAAUCAUCUUUGACCUUAUAAGAGCCAGCAGUUUUUUAUGUUAUAUGUUUGUUGUAGGACCAUAACCAAAUUAUCCUGUAGGCCUAAUAGAAGGGCAGAAUUUGUUUUAAUGGAAAAUUUUCAUAGAAGUUGUGUUUACAAUGCAGUAGGCUGCAAAAUAUUUAGUAUUUAGACAUUUAGGUCUACUACUGCGUAAUCUGCUUCGAAAAAGAAGACAGACAUUUUAUGUAAUUUGAGGGUUAGGGUUAGAUUUAAAAGAUUUAAAGGGAAAAUAGAUUUAAAAUAUGAUUGCUUGUGUUUAUGAAUAAAAAACUUUGAGGACAAGAUGCAUCGGGAUGCAUCAAGAAUCGUUUUAUAAUCAAACCGUUACCCUUUAAAUUGAAUGAUGAGACCAGUGAAGAUUCACACCUUUAGUUGUCUGUAGUCAGAAAUAGUGCUGUUGUUACUCUAAAAACUAGAUGCCACUGCUUGAACGCAGUAAUCAUAUGCCUGUCUGAUUCCCUUGCUUUGAGAAAGAAUGGAAGCCUUACCCAAGAGCUCUGAGAUCAACCCUUUGCUCUACCUUCAACAUUAUACUCUUAAGUGCAGAAUACCAGGGCCUCGCAAAUGGAGGCAUGUGACCUCAGCUUCACAGACUGUGCCUGAUAGCAUAUAGUGUGCUAACUUUAACACCAGUGCUUUGUGUUGCUAAUCUGAGUUUGGGAAAGGAAGCAAGGAAAAAGGAAAGAAAGGGGAGAUAAGUAGGGGAAACUUAAACUUGGACUAUGUGUGUGAAAUAAAAUGCUGGUCCCAGCACUGGAUAGGUGUUUCAGUUACAGUUGCA